UUGGUAUACGAGACAUACAUGAUCAUUCGGCGACGCAUAGCGCAGAUUAUUAUUAUUAUUACUGUUGUGAUUUGCGCGUGUUCCUAAGCUCCUGUUGUAAAGAGUAACGCUGAAAAAUGUAUAAGACGGUCCACGGGGCUGUUGGUGUCCGCAUAUUAUUGUUGUUGUCCGUGCUCACUGCCGGAUUUUCCCAAGAUCCCAACGUCAACGCGCUCGUUGCGGACAAACCGGCAUCUUGUGACGAUAUCUCCGGUCAAUGGUAUAAUCAACUUAACUCCGAAGUGGAAUUUCGCCACGGGGACGGUUUUCAGCUGCACGGAACGUACGGUUCUUACGUCAAUACCGCGCAAACUCACGGAAAUUCUUCCAGCGCAGCUGCGACUCGAGGACGACUGAUCGGCUUUACGAAGGAUACCACCCUGGGCUUCACAGUUGUGUGGGACACGUCGAGCACCAUGACUUCAUAUACCGGAAAUUGCUACGUGGACCAUGAACGGGGCACUGUACAGAUCAGAGCCGCGUGGCACUUGGUGGAGCGGCAAGAUUCCCUCGCCGAUUCAUGGAAGGGUGUCCGAACGGGACAGGCUGUGUUCACCCGACAGAGACAACAAGCAUGCUUCUAAACUAAGCAACGUUGUCCCACCGCGAAAAUCAAGGUCACGAAUAUGAAUUUAUAGAAUGUAUUUGGCGACACUGACAGAAGAAUCACCAGAAAAACCCCCACCUGUCGUUUGCUGUGUGCUGUAGCCAGAGCUUUUAAUGCUGUGGUUUUGGGUCUUCUUACCUAAUCAUGAUAAAAAAUUUACAAUAAAAAUAUCCCGAUUCCCGAUUAAACUUUUUCUGAUCAUUGCUACAUUAAUUGGUAAGUGGUUGAUUGUUUUACAUUAAUUGGUAGGUGGUUGAUAGGUAGAUAAAAAUUAAACACUCGCAACUGCCGCCUGUAGGCGGCUGCACAUGCUACUAAUACGGUCUGCUUCCGGCCAUAUUGGGAGAUUUUAAUCGCUGUUUCGUGCAUUAUGCUAUGUGACGGUAAAAUAUCCUACGCAUGUGCGAGAAUCUUGUCAUAGAGGGCAUGUGCGUGAAUCUUGUAACCGUGCUAACUCAUAAUCCGCGCAUAAGGUCUGCAUGUGUACAAUACAUACGUCUUACCGUACCGUGUAAAAUUUCAAGCCCUGAAAGAUCCAGGAUUUUAUAAAAUGCGCUUUUGUAACCGGCAAAACCGUCCGCCCCGAGGAAACAGUCCAGUGCGUCGCAAGAUCGAAUAGAGCAGAAAAAACCGGGUGGCAAAAUUACGGUGGACGUUUUUUGGGACAGGCGGACGGUUGUGCCGGUUUACAGGCAGAAGCGGUUGACGGUUCAUCCGUCCUGACGGUUUUGCCGGUUACAUGAUAAGCCGACUGCGAAGAUUCAAUCCAGGAGUUGAUGGAGAUGUUUUAACUGCGCUGCGUUUACUGUUUAAUUAUCGCAAUGCUCUGCGAAUCUCGGCUCAAUUGGCCGAUGAUAUUAGACGGAUUGCUAGUCUUGGUAUUGACGUUCAUUUUCUAAUAAAUCCUCUUUUAUCUGCAGUAUAACCAAUGUGUGUGUGUUCCACUUGAGAUAUCGGAUUUCUUCUAAAAGAACUGAUCCCUUAUGUUUGUGAAUGGACUAAACUUUUUGCAUUAAUGUCUGUGGCUGCACUGAAAUAAACAGACAUGUUUGCACUUUAACUAAACAAUUUGCUUAGAAUUUCCAGACACGAAAAUGUAAAUGAGCAUUCUGCAGAUUAUGUCACUUAAUAAAACUGUUCGGCUGUGGUCAUUUGUUUUAUUGUCAGAUAAGGAGUAUUAAGGACCGAUUACAUCGCUGAUCCAUUGCCGGUGCUGGAAAAUGUCGGUGUACACCGAGGGGGCCAUCCAGAGAGAAUCACACACCGGCUGGAAGCUGCGGAUCCCCACCACUUCCCAUAACUGUUCGGCAUUCCGGCAAAUUACCGGCGCGCCAUCCACUCGACCCUGGCGAACGAUUUUUCCGUUAUUGCGAUGUGGUUCUAUCGGUUUUGCCAUUGGUCAACACUCGCAUUGACGUUUUCUUAGUUUUUACCAUGCAUGGACCCCUGUGCGUGAUAUUGCGGAAACCACCACACACCAUUGAGUCGGGGAUCAAUCCGUUGUAACUUCCAGCUUGAUUGCACUGCUCCGUCGAUAUCAGCGGAGUCUUCCAGAAAUAAAGUUGUCCUUCCGACCGUUUAGUCAUCCGCGU